AUGAUUUGCUCAAUGAAAUGUUUCUUUAUUCUUUUCUGUGCUUUCCUAUUGGUAUUGACAGUCGAGCGACAAAUAUUUGAUGUUCUGGGGUCUCUAUGGUUGUCGGUUAUAGCAAACUCGUUGCAUAUUUUAUUCACUGUCAUUGGUAUCAUUGGUGCCCUCAAGUACCAUAGAAAAAUUUUGAUAUUUUUCACCCUAUGGUGCCUCGUCUGGAUAAGUUGGAACGUCGUCGUCAUUUGCUUCUAUCACAAUGCCGGUCUACUGCAUAGAGUGAGUUAUUAUUGUUAU